CCGGCUUCCGCAGACGGCGCUGGUGGGCGAUCGUGAGGCGCCGGAGGACGUUCCCCGCGGCCGGAGCCAUGGAGAUGCCUCUGCCGCCCGAUGACCAGGAGCUUCGAAAUGUCAUCGACAAGCUGGCUCAGUUCGUGGCUCGCAACGGGCCCGAGUUUGAGAAGAUGACAAUGGAGAAGCAGAAGGACAACCCGAAAUUCUCGUUUCUGUUCGGAGGAGAGUUCUACAGUUACUACAAGUGCAAGCUGGCGCUGGAGCAGCAGCAGCGGCCCUGCACCAUGUGGCUGCCGGGUCUUUGUGUAAUGGAGAGUGAGGUUACGAGUCCCUCUGGGCCCCGGAUCUGGGAGUCCUCUUUUGUUUCGCAGACACGGCAUCUCCUGCUGACAGGCCUUCUCUCCUUGCCUCCUCACCUGUGUUCAGAUGACAACAAGCCCCCCAUCCAAAUGCCGGGCUCCGCGGAGUAUGACGCCACAGGAGGGGUCCAGGAUCCUGCAGCCGCCGGCCCCCGAGGCCCCGGACCCCAUGACCAGAUCCCACCUAACAAGCCCCCUUGGUUUGACCAGCCUCACCCCGUGGCUCCCUGGGGCCAACAGCAGCCACCGGAGCAGCCCCCCUACCCACACCACCAAGGCGGGCCGCCCCACUGCCCGCCCUGGAACAAUAGCCAUGAGGGCAUGUGGGGCGAGCAGCGUGGGGACCCCGGCUGGAACGGCCAGCGUGACGCGCCCUGGAACAGCCAGCCCGACCCCGCCUGGAACAGCCAGUUCGAGGGCCCCUGGAGCAGCCAGCACGAGCAGCCGCCCUGGGGCGGGGGCCAGCGCGAGCCGCCCUUCCGCAUGCAGCGGCCGCCGCACUUCCGGGGGCCCUUCCCGCCCCACCAGCAGCACCCACAGUUCAACCAGCCGCCACACCCCCACAACUUCAACCGCUUCCCGCCCCGCUUCAUGCAGGACGACUUCCCCCCACGGCACCCCUUCGAGCGGCCACCCUACCCUCACCGCUUCGACUACCCCCAGGGAGACUUCCCCGCCGAGCUGGGCCCCCCUCACCACCACCCUGGUCACCGCAUGCCUCAUCCUGGCAUCAACGAGCACCCACCCUGGGCUGGGCCCCAGCACCCCGACUUCGGCCCUCCCCCUCAUGGCUUCAACGGGCAGCCCCCCCACAUGCGGCGACAGGGCCCACCCCACAUCAACCACGAUGACCCCAGCCUGGUCCCCAAUGUGCCCUACUUCGACCUCCCUGCCGGGCUGAUGGCCCCCCUCGUGAAGCUGGAAGACCACGAGUACAAGCCUUUGGACCCUAAAGACAUCCGCCUCCCACCCCCCAUGCCACCCAGCGAGAGGCUGCUGGCGGCUGUGGAGGCCUUCUACAGCCCCCCGUCCCACGACAGGCCAAGGAACAGCGAAGGCUGGGAGCAGAACGGCCUCUACGAGUUCUUCCGAGCAAAAAUGCGGGCCCGGCGGAGGAAAGGCCAGGAAAAAAGGAACAGUGGACCCUCGAGGUCUCGGAGCAGAUCCAAGAGCCGAGGGCGUUCUUCCUCCCCCUCCAACUCAAGAUCCUCGAAGUCGUCAGGCUCGUACUCGAGGUCAAGGUCACGUUCCUGCUCCCGCUCGUACUCCCGCUCCAGAUCCAGGAGCCAGAGCCGGUCGCGCUCCUCGAGAAGCCGCUCCCGCUCCCGGUCCAGGUCCAGGUCCAAGUCGUACUCCCCGGGACGACGACGGCGGUCGCGGUCCAGGAGCCCCACCCUGCCUUCCUCCGCUGGUCUGGGUUCUAAUUCAGCACCUCAUAUACCUGACUCGCGGCUCGGAGAAGAGAACAAAGGCCACCAGAUGCUGGUGAAGAUGGGCUGGAGUGGCUCCGGCGGCCUCGGUGUGAAAGAGCAAGGGAUCCAGGACCCCAUCAAGGGGGGGGACGUCCGGGACAAGUGGGACCAGUACAAGGGUGUGGGUGUGGCCCUGGACGACCCCUACGAGAACUACCGCCGGAACAAGAGCUACUCCUUCAUCGCCCGCAUGAAGGCCAGGGAUGAGUCGAAGCAAGAAACGCAAGACCCUCCGCCCCCCGAGUAAGAGCUCUUCGUACCCGAAGGCGCGGAGGUGCGCAUCUUCCUGCCACCAGAUCUAAGGGGCGCGGGGCCGGCAGGGUCUAACCUGCCUGCCCCCUCUGGCUGUGUAGUGAUGAAGCCACAGCCGGGCGCCAUGACUGCUCACGAUUGAAAAACAGACAAACAAAACGUUUUUGACUGGCAAAGUUAAGCAAGGUUUUCAUUUUUAUUCCCAUUGGUUUAGUUUUAGAACAUGUUGACCUGAGACGAUCCCCACUGAGAUCAUUUGAAACCUAAUUCCUCUAAGACAUACUGGCCCUUAGUUCGGUUCCUUUAGUUGUGUAAGUUGAGUUUUGUUUCCUGGAACGUUAGCCAUUUGCUGUUUGGAGAAACAGAGGUUCUAGCAGGAAACCAGUCUAAAGUGGCUUCAGGUCGAGGGGCACGGCCCUUGGAGUCUGCACCUGGCGCCUCCUCGUGUUUCUCACUUAGAAGAGCCCAACACCAGCGCGCGCGACGGCCCCUUCCAUCCAGAGUGCGGAGGGCGCCCCCGCUAGGGCCUCCUGCUCUCAUUUCGUUUGCACCCCCCACCCCCAAAGGGAGGUGCGGCCAGGAGUGGAGCUGCCCCUGCCGGAAGCUGCUGGGUGACUGCCGGGAUCGGCCGUGCCCGGCGUCCCUGGGCAGCUGGGUGUGGUGCCGUUUAUUUGUACAGAAACGUUUUUGAAAACUUCUUUUCAAUAAGAUGCAAACUCCUCUCCACCUUUUCAACCCAAAGUGAUAAAAUAUUUGAUUCUGUUCUAGAUUCCUGUAGCUGUGAAUUGUUCAAACCUGUCUGAUUCUGGAUAAAACAUAAACACGUGCUGUUAACAAUUUCUUGUGGAUUUUACUGUUUUGCCUUCAAAUAAAGACUUUUUUUUAA